AUGCUCACCACCUCGAUUCACUUGACUCACGUCACCAAGAUCCCGGAGUACAUGACCCGCGAUGAGGUUCUAUCGCGCCUCCACAACGCAGAAAUCCACAUCAAGAGCGACCCCAACUUGACGCACUGGACGCCCCGCACACCCAAGGUGCCACCCACUGUGCCCGAGGAUGUCGAAUCCAUCGCGGCUACUGAGUGUUUCACCGUCACGGAUACCGUCCCUACCAAUCUUCCAAAGGCGCUGCCCAAGGGUUUGUUGGAGAAGAAGAGCGUUAGCGAGUACGAGUUCACCUUUACGCCGGAUGGAAGCUUCGUUCGUAUCCACUGCCCCAUGAGCGUCCUUUUGGAUACGCGGUGGCGUGUUCGGGACGGGAGCAACGGCGGCCUAGAGUUAGAAGAGGCUGUGGAGGCUCACUGCUCUCGUUUCCUAGUGAGCGUUGUCAGAGGCGAGUUGGAAAAGAAUUGGGAGGAGGUCCAUCGGAAGAUUUUGACUGGGAAAGCAUGA